CAAACGAGACUUCGUCACGAGAUUUGUCACCGAGCCGAUGUCAUCAUCGUACGGGUUUCACGCCCUAAUCUGCAUGGUCAAUGUCUCUUCCUGUACUUUUUAUGUGUCGUCGCUUCGAAGAAGCAAAAAAGUUUUUUAAAGUUUCGGACCACGUAGGAUGUCAACUUGAAAGUACCCGCCUUUUUUCUCUUGGAUAGACUGUGAAACAACAGAGAGAUUUCUGUACUGUGAGAGUCAAGACACAGACGAGUCAAUUUCAUAUUGACUUGAAUGUCGAGCUAAAGAAACAUUCCCACUAAUUAAAAAAACAACAACAAAAACUGUGUUUGAGACAUGGCAGCAAGAGGCGGUGCACAAAGACCAAAUGGGACACAGGGGAAGAUAUGUCAGUUUAAAUUGGUGUUACUGGGGGAGUCGGCCGUGGGCAAGUCCAGUCUAGUGCUACGGUUCGUCAAGGGUCAGUUCCACGAAUAUCAAGAGAGCACCAUAGGAGCUGCUUUUUUGACACAGACAGUCUGCUUAGACGAUACAACAGUAAAGUUUGAGAUCUGGGAUACAGCGGGACAGGAGCGAUACCACAGCCUAGCACCGAUGUACUAUCGGGGAGCCCAGGCAGCCAUUGUAGUCUAUGACAUCACAAACCAAGACACAUUUGCACGGGCCAAGACAUGGGUGAAGGAGCUGCAAAGACAAGCGAGUCCCAACAUAGUUAUAGCGUUAGCUGGCAACAAAGCUGACUUGGCCAACAAGAGGAUGGUAGAAUAUGAGGAAGCCCAGGCAUAUGCUGAAGAAAACAGUUUGUUGUUCAUGGAGACAUCAGCCAAAACGGCAAUGAAUGUAAACGACAUAUUCUUGGCAAUUGCCAAAAAGCUUCCCAAAAGUGAGCAGGCGGGCGGAGCCGGGACUGUUCAGAGGCAAGGUGGGCGGGGCGUGGACCUGACGGAAAACCAACAACAGACGUCGGGUGGAUGCUGCAAAUGAAGGCUAACUUCACCAUUCUAUUAUCUCCCUGUACAAAUAAGAAGAAAUUACCGUCGGGGUUAGGAAUGGUUGGAAUUGGGGGAGGGGGGAAGGGGGGGGGGGAUAUGAAGAUUUUGGGGGUUGUCGAUGGCCGUUUUUGAUUUGACAUGAUCAUAGAUGUAUAAAUAUACAGGAAUUUGA